CUUGCAGUUGGUGCUUUCAUCUGAUGGUUUGGAAUGGAGGUAAUCACCUGUCCUCAUACUGAGAAUAACCUGUAGUUGCAGACAAAGAUACUGGCUUCAGAGAUAGAUCCAAAUCUAUACAAUACUAUUUAAUCUUCUUAGGGACUGCAGGUAUUAAACUGGAUUGGCUAUUCCUCCAGUAAGAUGUCCUUCACACCUGACCCUCCCUUGUAUUAGGACUCCAUCAGCAGAGGCUUCGUGAAAAUGGGAUCAUUUUCAUCUGCCUCUCUCUUCAACACCAUCUCCCAUCUGGCUGUUAAGUGUCAAAGAAACUUCCAGCACUACGCUCGACCUUUGGUACUCCUCUUCCUCUUGGACAGCAUCUUCGGGAGGAUUCCACAUCUUGUGUCACACAGUUUCACUCCUGAUGCUUAAGAUCAGCUACAAACUGCAAUGGUGGAUAUAAGUGCAAACUGCUGAUUGAUAGAAGUCUUCAGUGGCUUCAGGACACGGCUCUGAUUUUUGAACCUUUAGGAAAUGCAUUUACCAAGGAGGAGGCGGCUACAACGGAACCGAAUCUUUUUCUUGCUUGCCAUAGUGUUGGUCCUCUCCCUCUAUCAGCUCCAGUUCAGCCCCUCUGCUAUUCCAGCACCACACUUAGCACCCCAACCCACGGACCCUGUCAAAGUGACCUCUAGAGACAUCUCCAGCAACAAGACUGCUGUAACAGGCAAUGUCACAGCAACACCCAAAAUAAGGCACUGUGUAUAUGUGGAUUCUGAGCCAACUGUGCCCAUCACUACAUCAGUGGGUACAACACCACAGCAAGACAAUGGCAGUGAAAACUACCCAGAAAAGCCACCAUAUGAGUCCAAAGGAGAAUAUCCCCAGGACCUGUUCAGUGUGGAAGAACGCAGACAAGGGUGGGUUGUACUUCACAUCUUUGGCAUGAUGUAUGUAUUUGUGGCCUUGGCCAUAGUGUGUGAUGAGUAUUUUGUCCCUGCUUUGGGAGCGAUCACAGAGAAGUUGCAGAUCUCUGAAGAUGUGGCUGGAGCCACCUUCAUGGCAGCAGGUGGAUCAGCACCAGAACUCUUCACCUCCCUCAUAGGUGUCUUCAUCUCACACAGCAAUGUCGGCAUCGGUACCAUUGUGGGCUCAGCAGUGUUUAAUAUCCUCUUUGUCAUUGGCACCUGUGCCCUCUUCUCAAGGGAGAUACUCCACCUGACAUGGUGGCCCUUAUUUAGAGACAUCUCAUUCUACAUUCUAGACUUAAUGAUGCUCAUCCUGUUUUUCCUAGACAGUGUCAUUGAUUGGUGGGAAAGCCUCCUUUUAUUGACUGCCUAUGCCACAUAUGUAUUCACUAUGAAACACAACGUGCACCUAGAACAAUGGGUGAAGCAGGAGCUGAGCAAGAAGCUAAAUGCUGUGCAGGCAGCAACAGCAGAGCAUAUACGGAAGAAAAACACUGGGGCAGUUGCAGAUGAUGGAGCAGAGAAGCCAGCAGAUGGGAGGAGGCUGCAGCCUGGAUCAGCCUUACAGCGAGGCAGCAGCUCAGCCUCCCUACACAACACUCAAAUGCGCAGCACCAUCUUCCAACUCAUGAUCCACACCCUGGACCCCCUGACAGACGCAAAAUUUAAAGAGAGGGUUGACAUCCUGAGCAACAUAACCAAGGCCAAAGUAGGAGAAGGAUCAAAACCAGAAGCAGAAGAAGAAAAGGCAGCACCAAGCAACGUUCAGGUAACUCCCGCCAGUGACUCUGAAGCCGGCAAAGACAAACAGAAAGCAGACGCAACGCAGGAUGCCCAGUCCUCCUCAGACCACGACACCUCAGAAGACAGCAGCUCUGACAGUGAUGAAGGCAGUGAUGAUGACAGCUCAGAUGAUGAUGAAAACGAUGAGCCAUUAUCUCUUGAAUGGCCAGAAACCAGGAAAAAACAAGCCAUUUACCUUUUCCUCUUUCCCAUUGUCUUUCCUCUCUGGAGUACUCUGCCCGACGUUAGAAACCCAGACUCCAAAAAAUUCUUUGUCAUCACGUUUUUUGGAUCCAUCCUCUGGAUUGCUGUAUUCUCUUACCUCAUGGUGUGGUGGGCUCACCAGGUUGGCGAAACAAUUGGGAUAUCAGAGGAAAUUAUGGGGUUAACCAUACUGGCAGCAGGAACAUCCAUCCCCGACCUUAUCACCAGUGUCAUCGUUGCUCGGAAAGGCUUAGGUGACAUGGCUGUCUCCAGUUCUGUAGGCAGCAAUAUCUUCGAUAUCACUGUUGGUUUGCCAGUUCCUUGGUUCCUUUACUCUAUCUUCAAUGGACUCAAUCCAGUUGCAGUCAGUAGCAAUGGUUUGUUUUGUGCAAUUGUUCUCCUUUUUCUCAUGCUCCUCUUUGUGAUUAUCUCAAUCGCUGCAUGUAAAUGGAAAAUGAACAAACUGCUGGGGCUCACCAUGUUUGCUCUUUACUUUGUGUUUUUGAUCAUCAGUGUGAUGUUAGAAGACAAGAUAAUAUCCUGCCCAGUAUCUGUGUGACAUUUGGAUGCUGCAGAAUGUCUGUAAGCAUACCUCAAAAGGGGUUUAAGGUAGCAAUUGUUCUACUGAAAAAAAGCAACCAGAAUUAUAACAAACUUACUGACAAUAAAGUAUCUUUAAUAUACUUAAAAAAGCCCCAAAAACCUCAAGUGGUAUGUCAGCCUCUACUAUUUUUCUUUAGGAUGAGAAAAGGUCAGAUAAUGGAGUGACCAGUAUCAAAGUAUGUUUAGGCAGUCAUGGAAAGGCUGGCAUGAAUAGAUGCAUGAAGUUUUCGGACAGGCGAGCCCCUCAAGUUAAUGGAGCCAAUUUUCAGCACAGAAUAUUUACUCAUUACGAAGGUAUUCAAGGAACACACUCUCAGUUACUCCGUAAACUGCUCAAACUCACUGAAAUCAAUGAGCUUUACUUCAGCAGGAACAGAAUCAGACCUCUAUAGCUUGCCUUUACAGAACUACUCUGCUUAAAAUCAUUGUGUGGCCACAUGUUCUGCAUCUUGAAAGCAAACUCCCCCAGAUCACAUGUGAGCAAUGAGCACAGCUGUCCCCAAGGUCUGUGCUGCAACUAGUUUGCUAUGAUUGCCCUACUCAGAGGUAGUUUUCAUCCCUUCAGUGAAUGCCACUAUAAAGCAUCUACAGCUGGUACUCUACACAUACCUCCAGGAGGGAAAUAGGAAGAACAUGAUGUGCUUCAGAGGAAACGCUUUUUCCGGGGCCUCUUCAGACUGUAGGAAAUGCAAUAUGAAGGUUUUCAAGGAGAAAGCAAAGCAGUAAGAGUUACUUCUGCAUGCAGAACAACAUGGGAUGAGAGCUGCAAAGCAACUCUGAAAGCUGUCCACAUGGCUCCUGUGAAAUCUGUACCUGAUCUUGCAAUGCAAUCCCUAAAACUCACUUUAAGUGCCACCAGGACAGGUGUGACGUCAUCGGGAUUUACAUCUUCCUGUAACAAGAUUAAGCGGAUCUGGGGUUAGAAUACCACAUUACCACUAGCAAAAACUAAACCCAGGAAUCAGAAAUACUACAAGAAGCAGCUGAUCUGCUUGAAUUUUGUUUUCAUCCUGACACUAAUCUCUGAAAUGCACAGAUUAUUGUACCCAGCACUAAUUCUUGGUGUUAGCACUGUCUUCUACAUAACCACUAUGAAAAAAUGCCUCUGACAUCAACUUAUCAA